AUGACCGCAGUGACAUCCGUACAAUUAGAUGCACAAACGUAAUCCAAAACAAAGCCGUUAUGUUUUUUUUGUUUUUUUCUCACUCCCUUCUACUGAACCGAUCAUUUACGUUGACGUAGGCAUUCCUGAGUUAACAGUCAAGCAUUCUCCAAGCUAAGCCAACCAGCCAGGAGCCGCUUAAACUUUCUCUUCAUAUUUGUAAGCAAUGAUACACCAAGACAGGCUCACCCCCUCCGGAAGGAAGCAAAUAACAGAAGAAAAAACCCCAAGCGGUUGUUUUUUUUAUAUUUCUAUGCAACCCCACACGAUUGCAUGUGUGAGCUGCCUCCCAUCUUUCCUGUCCUAUGCGCCUGCUCGGGCUGUUCUGCUAAACCACCUGACUUUCUGUCACUCCUCCUUCCUUUCCCUUUCCCUCUCUCUCUCCCUCUCUCUCUCACUCUAUCCACUGUAUAAACAUGCAUUUGAUUUCUCUCAUAAUGUCAUGUUCAUGAAUAAACAGAUGGAAAGUGUCAAUCGAUAAACUGCACGUCUGUUUUUGUUUUGUUGUAGGUGCAGGGUGGUUUUCCCAUGGGAGGUGCAUCCUGGCCAGGGGGGGAGCGUGUCUUUUUCCACGACGGCUUUGACGUUUUCCUGUAAAGCACGUGAGCGUGCUCAGCACUCAUACCCACGUAGCGUCAAGACGCUCCCUCGUCAAACGUUGGCGGCACCAGCGCUGAGCGUGUUGCUAUUUAAAAAGCGUCAACACCUGAUCGCCCGCAGCAAGCAAGCAUCCAGUCCAGUCCACGGCCGCUGCACCCGGGACCCCCCCAAACACCACGUCCACAUGAGACAGACAUGCUCGCCUUCGUGCUGGUGUCCGGCUCGCUGUGGAUCCUCUUGGAGCUGAGUUCGACGCUGAUGGAGAAGAUGCAGGGCCAGGAGAUGCUAAGUGGUCUGAGGGUGCCGGACAUGGCGGAGCUGGGCCACUUCUUCAGCUCGCUGCCCACAUCCACGCUGUUGGGAAUCGGCGCUCUCGCCGCUGUGCUGGCCUACUGGCUGGCCACCAGGCCUCGCCCCAUCAAACCGCCAUGCGAUCUCUUGCACCAGUCCGAGGAGGUGCCGCGCCAAGAUGGCGGUCGUAGGUCCAUGAUGGGUGACGCUUCCGAGCUGCUGACUCAUUACCACGACGACGCGAGGACAAUGUACGAGGUCUUCCAGCGAGGCCUUCAUAUAUCAGGCGACGGGCCUUGCCUGGGCUCUCGACUCCCCAACCAGCCUUACAAAUGGCUGUCCUACAAAGAGGUCACGUCCCGGGCCGAGCAUCUGGGAUCGGGCCUGCUACACCAGGGAUGCAAGGCCAGUCCAGACCAGUUCAUCGGGGUCUUUGCUCAGAACCGGCCUGAGUGGAUCAUCUCGGAGCUUGCGUGCUACACGUACUCCAUGGUGGUGGUGCCCCUUUAUGACACGCUGGGUCCUGACGCUAUACGUUUCAUCAUCAACACGGCCGACAUCUCCACGGUGAUCUGUGACAAGGUGGACAAAGCUCAAGUGCUGCUAGCCAACGUGGAGCGCGCGGAAACGCCGGCCUUGCGCCGCAUCAUUCUCAUGGAUGCCCUGGACGCCGUCCUGGUUGAGCGCGGACGCGGCUGCGGUGUGCACGUGCAAGCCAUGCUGGAAGUGGAGGCGCUGGGCAGAGAUAACCAUCGAAAACCUUUACCGCCCUCACCACAGGACCUUUCUAUUGUGUGCUUCACCAGUGGAACAACAGGAAACCCGAAGGGGGUGAUGCUCACUCAUGGGAACGUGGUGGCCGAUUUCUCUGGCUUUCUCAAAGUGACAGACAAAGUGAUUUUUCCCAACCAGGACGAUUGCCUCAUUUCCUUCCUGCCGCUGGCUCACAUGUUCGAGAGGCUCAUCGAGUCGGUGGUCUACUGCCACGGGGGGCGCAUCGGAUUCUACCAAGGCGACAUCCGCCUGCUGCCUGAUGAUAUGAAGGCCCUGCGGCCCACCAUUUUCCCCGUGGUGCCCCGCCUGCUCAACCGUAUGUACGACAAGAUCUUCAGCCAGGCCAACACCCCGUUGAAGCGCUGGCUUCUCAACUUUGCCGCCCAGCGAAAAGGCGCCGAAGUCAGCAGCGGCGUCAUUCGCAGCGACAGUAUUUGGGACAAAAUUUUCUUCAGUAAGAUUCAGGCCAGCCUGGGUGGCAGACUGAGGAUGAUCAUAACCGGGGCAGCUCCCACGUCGUCCACUGUGUUGGGGUUCCUCAGGGCAGCUUUAGGAUGCCAGGUUUACGAAGCGUACGGGCAGACGGAGUGCACGGCCGGCUGCACCUUCACCACGCCGGGAGACUGGACGCCAGGUCACGUCGGCGCUCCGCUGCCUUGCAACCUCAUCAAGCUGGUGGAUGUUCCGGAGAAGAACUACUUUGCCGCCAAAGGAGAGGGUGAGGUUUGCGUGAAGGGACCAAAUGUGUUCAAGGGCUACCUCAAAGACCCCGAGAGGACCGCCGAGACACUGGACCCGGACGGCUGGCUCCACACCGGCGACAUCGGCAAAUGGCUGCCCAACGGCACCCUGAAGAUCGUGGACAGGAAGAAGCACAUCUUCAAGCUGGCGCAGGGCGAGUACAUCUCUCCCGAGAAGAUCGAGAACAUCUACAUCCGGAGCGAACCCGUGGCCCAGCUUUACGUGCACGGAGACAGCCUCCAGUCCUGCCUGGUGGGGAUUGUGGUGCCCGACCCGGAAGUCAUGCCCACGUGGGCCAAGAAGAAAGGCAUCUUAGGCACUUACAAGGACCUGUGUAAAAACACAGAACUUAAGAAGGCCAUCCUUGAGGAUCUGGUGCGUCUGGGCAAGGCCGGCUCUCUGCACUCUUUUGAGCAGGUGAAGAACAUCUACAUCCACAGCGAGAUGUUCUCCAUCCAGAACGGUCUGCUGACGCCCACGCUAAAGGCCAAGCGGCCCGAGCUGCGGGAAUUCUUCAAAGAGAAGAUCGAGCAGCUCUACAGCACCAUCUCCAUGUGAGGGCAGACCUCCGAACCCACAGUAACGCACAUUCAAGAACAAACAGCAAAAAAAAAGAAAAGAAAAAAAAAGUCACCCUCCGUGCAUCCAGAUCGACCUCGACGUGCUGUAGAGUUUUCAUUCAAACAUCCAAAACAUGAACUUUUUUGUGGGUUCACUCAAGGAUACCUCCUGCCUUACCAGUCAUGGUGGCCGUUUUGAGGCACACCCACCCACCACGCUUCUCUUUCCUGUCCUUUUUUUUUUGUUUUUGCACAAAACGAACGACAAAGAGGGUAAAAGCAGGACUUGUUGGGGCAGUGCAUGCAGUAGCCCUGCUGUGAAAACACAGACUGACCAUUCACUUUUAAUUAAACAGGAGCUUGUAUUUUUUUUUUUUUAAACCACACACGAGUAAUGUAGAAGCUGUUCAAGAUUGCUCCUUGUCCCAAAGUGUGGAAACGAAUGAUGUAUGUGAUGUACGUGAGGACAGCUACGCUAUAGAUGUAAGCUUAUUUAUUGACAAUUCAAGUUGGCAGUUUGAAUGGGAUUUGUAUUCAUUUUUAUUCUUUUAAUUGUGUGUGUGUAGUGGGACAAACGUAUUUAUUUUUCUUUUCUUCUGCAGUUGAAUCAGCAGCAUAUCCUUGUAAUAAUAAUCCUAAUAAUGAUGACGACUGGGGACAGGAGGGAGGGGAGACCAGGUUCAUGAAUUAAAAAAAAAAAAACAUCCUGGAAUGAUUUUAAA